AUGGAGAAGCCAUCCGAGCCUGUGGCUGGCCAAGGCGUUGCUACAGGCUUCACCUACAUCAAGCCUCAGCUUCGAAAGCCGCACGAUCCCGCUGUCAAAUUUGAAGAGUAUCAUUACUAUGCGCACAAGACGCGGACCGAGGAGGAGACGUACGUGGCGCCGACGACAAAAUGGCGGGAACUGCUGUUCAAGAAAAAGGACAAGCAGGGCCAAGACGACCAUCCUGAGGCGCAUAUGCCCUCGGAACGGGAGCUCACGAGUCGAACAAAUAGGAUUGAGAUUACUGAUGAGGAAUGGACCAAUGCUAGCCGUGCAUAUAGAACGGCUUCUGUAGGUGCUUGCUUCUAUUUGAUCACGACGGAUAUCAUGGGGCCUUAUGGAGUUGGCUUUGCCAUGGGCACCCUAGGAUGGGGACCAGGCAUCGCCUUCUACACCAUCUUCGGCUUCAUGGCUGGCUAUAGCGGAUACCUCAUCUGGCGGGUAUAUCUUGGGGUGGACAGUUAUCAAUUCCCGGCCAGAAACUAUGGCGAUCUUGGCUUCCGAACUUGGGGUACAACCAUGCGCCAUCUCACCAAUGUGCUGCAGGCCCUGGGACUUUUGCUGCUUCUCGGCCAAGUUACCAUUCAGUUUGGCCAGAACAUUUCCGAAAUGUCCAGGUUCAAGUUGUGCUAUGUAGUCUGUCCCGUGCUGUUUGUAUGCGUCGGUUUCUUCCUCACCCAAAUCCGAACUCUGCGAAACUACGGAAUAGUGGCCAACUUGGCUGUUUGGUUGAACUUGCUUGUCAUUUUCAUCACCAUGGGCGUCAUUGCGCAUUCUCCUCCAAACUAUGCCAUUGCCACACUAGGUUCGGCCGGUAGUGCGGUAGAUCCGUCAACCAUCACAAAAGGCCCGGAUGGAAAGUAUCCCCCGGUCAUGCACUACAAUGGACUUCCGCCAAAUGGACUUGUCGGCUCCAUCAACGGCUUGUUGUCUGGAGUCUUGGCAUAUGCCGGCGCGCAGCUCUUUGUUGAGUUUCUCGCCGAGAUGAGACGGCCGCGAGACUUCCUCAAAGCCAUGUGGGGAGCUCAGCUUUUCAUAUACACCGUAUACCUCGUCUAUGGGUGCUUCGUGUAUCACUGCCAAGGCCAAUACAGCUAUCAACCUAGUUACCAAGGCGUCAGUACAUAUGGAUGGCAGACUGUUGGCAAUGCCAUCUCGUUGAUCAGCGCUCUGAUUGCGGCUGGGCUUUACGGCAACAUUGGUAUCAAGGUCAUGUACAACAACGUUCUCAUUGAUAUUUUCAAUGCGCCGCCGCUAGUCACCCGCCGUGGCAGAUUCCUCUACGCCGCAAUAGUCCCCAUUUGGUGGGCUAUUGCUUUUAUCGUUGCGGCCGCUAUCCCAGAUUACUUUGGGUUCGUCAGUAUUAUCUCAGCAACUUGCUUGCUAAACUUGACAUAUACGCUGCCACCACUGUUUGCGUUGGGAUACGACAUACAACGCCAUGCGCCUCGGGCAGACAUUGGUGAAGGCUUUGAUCCAACGACAGGGGCAGUGCUUCGCAAUGGCGGACGGAUGCAACGACUGAUUCGCGGCUUCCUCAGCGGUGGUAUCUUUCAGGUGUCCGUCAACGUGUGGCAUGUUGUGUAUUGUCUGGCCUCGCUGUCGAUGUGUGGUCUGGGGACGUACGCUGCUAUUGAGGGUAUGAUUGAGGCUUUCAAAGAGCCUCAGUUGAAUUCUUUCUCUUGCGUUUCACCUCUGAAUCUGAAUGCGUAA